GUAGCCUGCUUUCUUCAGGCAAUAUCAGAUUCAAACAUGAAGAGCAAUAGUAGGGAGAUGAUGACUUUGACUUCACAAGGCAGCAUAAGUGAGGAUGCUUGUAGUGGUGGUGGUGGAAUGCUGAAGAAAGGUCCUUGGACAACGGCGGAGGAUGCAAUAUUAGUGGAUUAUGUGACAAAACACGGAGAGGGAAACUGGAAUGCUGUGCAGAAGCAUUCGGGGCUUGCUCGCUGUGGAAAAAGCUGUCGCUUGCGGUGGGCAAAUCACUUAAGGCCGGAUCUGAAGAAAGGAUCAUUUACUCUAGAGGAGGAGAACCACAUUAUACACCUCCAUUCUAAAAUGGGAAACAAAUGGGCACGAAUGGCUGCUGAGUUGCCUGGGCGCACAGAUAAUGAGAUAAAGAACUAUUGGAACACCAGGCUCAAGAGAAGGCAACGUGCCGGCUUGCCAGUCUACCCUCCUGACAUCUGUUUGAAAUCAUUCAAUGAGAGCAAACAAAGCAAAGAUUUCGGCACCUUCUCACAACAUCCCAAUCUUUCGCAGAACAACAGUUUUGAGAUCCCAACUGUGGAAUUCAAGAGUUUUGAAUUGAAUCCGAUGCUUUAUUCACAAGAACUUCUUGAUGAUACUCAAGGAGGUCUCAUUUCUUCUUCGUCGUCGUAUGGAAACAGCAGGCCACUCCUUUCAGUUAUUCACCCUUCAAAACGUAUACGUGGGUCACAAUCUUUGUUCCCUGGUUUAAGUGCCAAUGACAGUGCUAUUCCAUAUCAGAACGAAAAUGAUUUUGUACAGAUGGCACAAUCCUGCUUUGGGUUAUCUUAUGCAUAUCAGAAUCGAAAUCUGGAUGGGACUCAUGGCAGCCAUGCCUUAUUAAAUGGCACCACCUCCUCUCCUUCGGACCCCACAUGGGGAAAGAAGAUAGAGCUCCCUUCAUUCCAAAGUCAGAUGGACAGCUGGGGAUCUCCUUCCUCCCCUCCUCCUUCUAUGCAAUCUGUUGACACUUUGAUUCAUUCCCCUCCAAGAACUACCGAGCAGCAACGCAAUAAUACUACUGGAUCAGGUGGCAGUAACAGCGGCCUGCUUGAUGCCGUUCUUUAUGAGUCACAUACGAAGUGCAAUUUGCCCUCCGGUGGUGGUUUCUUGAUGAUGUCUGGUGACAUGGGGGAUGAUCUUCAUGACCCAGACAUGGAAACAUAUGGUGACCCAAUUUCUCCUCUGGGCCAUUCUGCUGCCUCGGUGUUCAGUGGAAGAAGUUCAUUAGAUGAACCUCACUCUGUUGAAAUGAUGUCAGAAAAAUACACUCAAUUCCUACUAAUAUCAAGUCAAUGCUCUGGACACAGAUUGUUUCAGUGCUAAAGAUGUAUUUGAGACGGGUAUGCUCGAAGACCUGAGCAGGAACUGCAAGAAUAUGGGAGCCUCGGCAACUUCUACGCGUCAAGGGUGUGUUUGGGACGCCAUGUCCACCUUCUGAUAAAUUUCUUGGAUUUCAAUAGUUUCAAAGCCGUUUCUCAGGGAAAGCACAGGUUUUGAUGUAUUGAUCAAACCCAUCUCACAGGUUCUCUCCCACGAAAUUUUACCUUUUUUUAUACUGUAUGAAUACACUUGAAUACUUGAUAGCACACAGCCUUUUGCAUCACAUUUGUAGCUUGUAUUUUUAAUUUUGAAACAAUUUCAGUUCAUGUUUGAGACAGCAGAGCUGGUCAUCAUUUGCCAUUCCUGCCACUGAACCAUAAACUUGAUAUAGCCAU